AUAUAUAUAUAUAUACAUAUCACCAACCUCGUCAUCAUUAUUAUCAUCAUGGCUUAUCCUUAUCAACCACAACCUUCUGCCUCUGCACCUAUCACGGCUUAUCCUUAUCAACCACAACCUAUGGCUUAUCCUUGUCAACCACAACCAUCUGCCUCUGCACCGCCGAUGCCGGUGCUUCCAACCACCAUAAUAUGCCCUCAAUAUUGUGAUCCGUAUCCGGUGAAUUUGGCCGUAGUGAAAAAGUCAUACAUAUAUCAAAUGUCUGGAUCGGCCCCUGUGACCAUUGCAGACAACUUAACCAUUACUGAUGUCAACGACAACAUUGUCUUCACUGUAUUUACCCUAGGUGAUCACCGUCUCUUGGUUGAUGCCGCCCGGAACCCCAUCAUCACCCUACGUCGUAAGAUAUUGACUAUGCAUGAUAGGUGGGAAGCGUAUAGAGGUCAAAGCACAAAUGCUAAAAAUAUGAUAUUUACAGUGAAACGAUCGUCCCUAAUCCAGUUUAAGACCAAAUUAGAUGUAUUUCUAGCUGGUAAUACCAAAGAAGAUGUUUGUGACUUUAAAGUCAAAGGUAGUUGGUCUGAACGAUCUUGCAUUGUUUAUGCUGGUGAAUCUAAUAACAUUGUUGCACAGAUGCACAAAAAAAACACGGUUACGAACAUUUUAAUUGAUAAAGACCAUUUCAUGGUAAAGGUGUGUCCCAACGUUGAUUACGCUUUUAUAGUGGCGUUAAUCGUGAUUCUUGGGGAGAUUAAGGAUGGUACAAAGGGUAGUAACUAAACGAUUAGUGUUUUGUAUUCACUAAAUACUAUUUUAUUAUUAAUUAGUGUGUGAUAAGUUUACAUGUAUUAAAAAAAAUUAAGAGUUUAGCAAAUUAUAGAUUGAAUAUAGCAAGUUUCAUUUUGACACAUGUAAAUAUCAUACAAAAUAUGUACUCCAAAA